GGCGGCGACUAUUGAUUUUGCGUGUAACCUAUCGAAUAGCAAACUCCAGCUAUCGAGCAGGUUAGCCGAUUAUUGCACAUUCACAUUUCGAAAUGUCGUCGUGGAUAACUGGGCUGGCGGACAAGGCUGAAAAUAUAUUGAAUAAAAUAGACAAGAAUGCUGCAACGGCCUUGCAUACAGAUGCUGCACCUGCCUUAGAUGCAAUGAAGAAGAGCUUGACCAGCAGCACACAGUCACUAAAGACGACCCUAUCACCAGCGAAGCGUCCGAGUAGCAGUAAUCUUAGCACGCCCAUGUCACUAUCGAUGGUGAGCAAUAGCGCUUCCAGUGUUAAGAGCGAAGGAUCACAAGUUGUAACAACAGAUCUACGCCAGACGCUGCCCAGCUCUCCCAGUUUUACUGUCAAUAUGGACAAUGACAAUGCAAUGAACAUGGUGGAACUGGGAGCGUUCAAAAUUGCACUUAGUGAAAUAACAUGCGAGCGCGAUGAUUUAAGGCUGCGUCUGGAAGCACUUAACAAUGACACGGAGAACUAUGCGCUAAAGGAGCGCGUACAGGAGCUGGAAACAUUGUCUACAAACAUGGCUGAGGAACGCGAUAAGGCUGUGCAGGACCUUAAUGAGGCACAAACAGCACACUUGGCUUACGUGCAUUCAAUUUCAGAGCUGGAAACCAAUCUGGCCAAAUUGCAGCAGGAGUACAUGAGCGCAGCGCACAAGCUACAAAUGCAAACAAAGGAAACAGAGCAACAACGUCAAGAGCUGCAGGAAUAUCGCACAAAGGCGCAACGAGCGUUGCAGGCAAAGGAUGCACUUAUAGCAGAGCUAAAAGCAAAUCCUUUGCCCGAUGGCACUGAGUUGACAGCAAAGGAUAGCGAGACGCGUUUUCUGCAAAUCGAGCAGGAUGCAUUAAAACAAGAGCUGCAGCAUGCCAAUGAGGAAAUGCAGCAGCUACGCAUACAACUGGAUGAUCAUGCGGCACUCGAGCGUCAAAAGGAGCUAGAGCUGGAAUCUGCACGUAGACGUGAGCAGACUUUAGCACAGGAGUUGCGCAGCGCACGGGAGCAUAAUGUGAGCAUCGAUACAGAGCAACGCAUGCUAACACAGGAGCUUGCUUCACUGCGUCAGCAGCUGAGCAAUCAAAUGGCUGCCGCUGCCACGCGGCUGCAGGAGAAGGAGCGACAAUUGCAGCAACAGCGUCAGCAGCUUAGCGAGAGUAACAUAAUGAGUGCCAAAACCGAAUACGAGAAUAGACUCAAGGCGCUAACACAAUCGCUGGUGGAGAGACAGAGUCUGCUGGAGCGAGUGACUGUGGAACGCAAUGCUCUGCGCAUGCAGCAUGAGAAUCUACAGACACAGCUGCAACAUAACAUAGAGAUUGGCCAGCAACAACGUGGCAAUGGGCGUGGAGGUCAGCUGCUUUCAAAUAGCACAGAUGAUGUUAAGGCGCAAUUUCCAUUGUUAAUGCAUCCCAGUCCAUUUGACAAUCGCGUUGCACGUCGCGUUAAACGUGCGCUACGCCAAGCUGACUCCGUGGGCAUGCGUGUGGGCGCCUUUCUGCGACGUUAUCCCAUGAUGCGCAUCUUUAUCAUACUCUAUGUGGCGCUGCUGCAUCUGUGGGUUAUGUUUGUGCUGCUCUCCACGACACCCAAUUGAAUGUAACUCUAAAGUUUAACUUUCUUCUG